AUUUUGAGUUUCGGUUUCACUUCUGAGUAAAACGCCAGUCAUGGAGGUUACUGGUUAGCUCAGCACUUAUCAGAGUGUAGAUUUCUUUUGUUCUUUCUGUAGGUACACUCUCCUCGACAUGGCUUCAUUAAUCUCUAAAUUUGUCAUCAAGAUCCUUUGCGACAAUCAGGGAUGUUUGGACUUCCAGCGGCUGGACGAGGCGAUUGCUCAGAGUUUCACGGUGGAUAAAUCCGUUCUGCGGGGUGUCCUCUUCGACGACGGUAAAAUAGCCAUUCAGGCAGGCAGCAAGAAGCUCCCUGGCGGCCAAAUAACCGGCCCAGACAGCCUGAUUGUGGCUAAAACCAGCCUGCGGAUCUGUCAGAAAAAGACAGGAGAGUGUCUUGGGUGCGAUGGUUUACACCUGUGCAGAUACUUUGUGUGCGGAGAAUGCACCUUUGGAUCCAAAUGUAAAAAUCCUCACCGUCUGGCUGAUCCGUACAAUCAGGAGAUUCUGAAGAGAUACAGUCUUCACGAUCUGACAGAGAAGCAGCUGUUUCAGCUCUUACUGCAGAAUGACCCCUUUCUGCUCCCAGAGGUAUGUGGACAUUACAACAAGGGCAACGGUUUGCACGGCUCCUGCAAAUUCACCACCACCUGCACCAAGCUCCACGUCUGCCUGCACUACUUACAGGGCGACUGUAAGUUUGGCUCUUCAUGUAAAAGAGCUCAUAAUAUCGACGCACAAGGAAUGAAGCUCCUCCGAGGAUUCAGUAAAGAAAAUAUUGCAAACCUCUUCAUGACCUACAGGAAUAAGUUCAUCAUCACGGGUCAACAAGAGCGACCAGCUGCUGUCAUCUCCGUGCUUAAAGAUAUGAGAAUCUCCAUUCCGCAGCCUUCCCACCUUCCCUCCCAAAACAACUUUGGAUCUCCCACCAGCUCUGCUUGUCCAUCCAAAGCCCUGAGUGAUGCCGACCGGAAUGAAAUCUGCCUCUAUUUCAUUCGCAGACACUGUGGCUUCAAAGACAAGUGUGCUCGUGUCCACUGGCACCUGCCUUACAGAUGGCAGGUUUUGGACAGUGACGGUGUGACCUGGAAGGACUUGGUCAACAUGGAAGACAUUGAGAAGGCCUACUGUGACCCAGCUCAUGACACAAGCUGCACAGAUCAACCAUCAGCCGCCUCUGGGCUUUUCAAAUUACUGUCUUAUGCAAGCUCUGCACCUCCCACUGUGCAGUCAGUUGAUUUUGUGAAAAUGACGUACGGAGGGUCUCCAGUUCGUCGCAUCUCCACUGCUUCCUCUGUCUCCAAGCCGCCUCACUACAUUCUUACAACACAGUGGCUUUGGUACUGGAAGGACGAUGGCGGGAAAUGGAAGGAGUUUGGACAGGACGACAGUGAUGAUACAGUCACUUCCCAAACCCUGGAGAACGUGUACCUGGCAGACCAAAAUACAGAGAUUCCCUUUAAGGCUGGCAAACAGCAGUAUGUUCUCCACUUCAAAGAUGCAGCAGGAGCCCAGCAGAUGUACCAGGAGAAUGUGAAGUUUAACACCAAGAGGGAGGUCAGAAGGAGGCCUCGCUUUGUGUCUGCUCAUGACGUGGAGGUGCAGCUGAAGAGUAGUGCUUCGCCACAGAGCUCCUCCACAGCUGAGAUUGUCCCAUCCUACUGGGACAAGAACGCCCUACCUGAGUUUGGAUUCAAGCUCAUACCUCUCCCCAAAUCUGCAAAAGAGCAUAACAGGAUUGAGAUGUUGUUUAAGCUCACCAUGCCUCAGGGUAAAAUUAGCAGCAUCCAGAGGAUCCAGAACCCCUCUCUGUGGAAAGUCUUUCAAUGGCAGAAAGAUCAGAUGAAGGACAGGAACGGAGGGAAUCUUGUGAAUGAGCAGUACUUGUUCCACGGGACAGAUGAGUCCCUGAUUGAGGCCAUCUGUGAACAGAACUUUGACUGGAGGAUGUGUGGUGUCCAUGGCACCGCCUAUGGCAAAGGGAGCUACUUUGCCAAAGAUGCUUCCUACUCAGACAGAUAUGCCAAAAUCAGAGGAACCCUGAACAAGAUCAUGUUUGUUGCUCUGGUCCUGGUGGGGGAGUACACCAAAGGAAAGAGCAGCUAUGUACGGCCUCCGCCAAAAGGAGGCAGCUGGACUUUGUAUGACAGCUGCGUCGACUCCGAGAGCAACCCCAGCAUAUAUGUCAUCUUUGAUAAACAGCAGAUUUAUCCAGAGUAUCUGAUCAACUACUCAUAGAUCACAGGGCUGGGUUUUACUUUUCUGAAGACUUUAAUCAUGGGAAAAAUUGCGCUUCAGCUGGCUGGUUGUAACUCAUUUCUUGUUAGGCUUGUAGAGUUUUGCAGCGGUGGAAGUGAAUUUUAAAAGAAAUUACACAGCGUGACACAACAAAACAUAUUAAAGUGCCUGUAAAUGAAGGGUUCAUUGCAGCACAGUUGUCAUUGUGAUUGUUGGAUCAUUAAUGUGUGCUUAAUGUUACAGUAUUUUUAGGUAGGGCUACUUUAAAACCACUUUCCGUUAUGUUGGGUGCUUUGAGUUAAUACAAAUCAUCAUCAUUUAGAAAUUGAUCAUGUUUUAAAAUAUUUCCACCUGAAAUGUAGUGGAAAAGAAGAUCAAAUUAGGAGGAUUAUUAGGAGGAUCAUUAGAAAAGACUCACUUUGCAUUAAAGGAUAUACAAACAAAAAAAACGCGGCUUUUCCUGUACAGAUGUCUGCGACUGCACUUCUACACUUUUUUUUUUUGACAAGAAUGCCUGGUUUUCACUGGUUGUUACAAAAUAAACACACUGCAAAAUGUCAAAUCA